UGACGUCACGUCAAUGGCUCUUUGCGUUAACAGUUUUCUGCGACCCCUUCUCGUGUGCAAAGCAAAACGUAUCGCACUGCUACUGCCAACGAAUUCCAAAUAGAGUGAGAGGGAAAGAGAGGGAAGAUCGGAGAGAAGGGAAAUCUCCCGUAUCAAUUUGAACGACGGAAAAACAGCACACACGCGGGAAGGGUGACAUUUUCUACAGGGAUUGGAAGAGAAACCUUCCCUUUGCAUCGGAAAUGGAGCUACCCGCCGCGGGAGAGCACGUCUUUGCGGUGGAGAGCAUCGAGAAGAAGCGGAAUCGAAAGGGGAGGAUGGAAUACCUAGUCAAGUGGCGAGGAUGGUCUCCAAAAUAUAACACGUGGGAACCAGAAGAAAACAUUCUCGACCCGCGGCUGCUUGACGCUUUCCAGAACAGGGAGCGAUACGAGCAGCUUAUGGGAUAUCGCAAAAGAGGGCCAAAGCCAAAGCACCUGAUGGGCCAGGUCCCGUCCUUUGCCCGGAGAUCCAGCGUCCUCUCAGGCCUUCAGGAGACCACCCUGGACGAGGACAACCGGCAGCAAGUGGACCCCAUCCAGACAGUGCGCUCGCAGACCCAGCAGUACCAGCUGAACAGCAAGAAGCACCACCAGUACCAGCCCCUGCUGGCCAAGGAGAGGGAGGCCGAGCAGCAGGCCAACGGAAAGAAGAAGCUCUACUACCAGCUCAACAGCAAGAAACAUCACCACUACCAGCCUGACCCCAAGAUGUACGACAGCACCCAGUGCAUGAAGCCAAGGGAGGCCACCAAAGCUCCGGAACUGCCCACCAACCACAGCUGGAACCUGCCUCCCGCGCUGCAGCAGAAGUGGGUCCGGGACAAGGACUCUGGCUGCCUGAGCAAAGUCAAGGAUAUCACCAUGGAGCUAAAGAAGCUUCCGGCUCACCUCAACGGCCCCAGUGGCGAAUCGGAGCAGAGCACGGCCAAAGAGGACGCACCACUGCUGGAGGCCGACGGUGUCAGCGACAGCAAGCUGAAGAUCGUCAAGAACAAAAACAAGAACGGACGCAUCGUCAUUGUCAUGAGCAAGUACAUGGAGAACGGCAUGCAGGCGGCGAGGAUUAAAAAUGGAGACGUGGAAACCCUUGGCGAGCCGCAGCCGGACAAUGAUGAUGAUGCAGCAGAAAAUCAACUUGAAAAGAUGAGGCUCGUCCAGAAACUGGGUCUCACCAAUGGAUUCGCGAAAGACUGCAACAAAGGGUCUAACAGAUCUAACGUAUUUAAGUGUCCUGCUGACAAGGUCGACUCGCCCAAAAUGGGGCUUAGUGCGACAGAGCAGAAUAAACAUUUCAAUGUCAGGGGUCAGAAGGAGGCUACGGAGGAUCAGCCCCUGCAGCUGACCGACAAACCUAACCUUGCCCCUUGGCCCAUUGAGAUGGGGGUUCAUAGGACUCAGCCAGGAAAGGGCUCUUCUCCAGCCCUCAAACGUCACCUUUCGGAGGCAGACAAGGGCGAGGACCGGGGUGGCUGUAAACAGUUUCUAAACUCCCGGAGUAUCAGUAUACCCUGCACUGUGUCCUCACCUCCUCAAAGCAACUCCACGGACCAAAAUGGCCACCAUAGCCACAAUGGCCAGCGGGACUACGACUUCCUGGAGUCUAACCAGGACGAGCCCAUGGACCUCAGCUGUGUGAGGUCCAGACGGGAGGCUCCAGUUCCCACAGAGACACAGGUGGCUCCUUCUGCCGAGGAGGUGAAGACUGCCGAACAGACAGAACCGCCAUUGGCUAUCACAACAGAACAGACAGAACCGCCAUUGGCUAUCACAACAGAACAGACAAAACCGCCAUUGGCUAUCACAACAGAACAUACUGUGGAGGAGGAGCCUUUUCCUUCAUUCAAGCCUUUCCUUGGGAAUAUAGUCAUCACGGAUAUUACAACAAACUGUCUCACGGUGACAUUUAAGGAAUACGUUACAGUGUAACGAAGCUGACAAAAGACAAUCUGAGGACGAGGGAUUAACAGCAACUGUGUGAAUUUGUACAAAUGUGUGUUGGAACAUAUUGGUAUUUUCAGAUGUUUGAAUGUAAAUAAGAGCCCUUACAGUUUGCAUUAAGUGGGGUUGUGAUUAAUUUUGUUUCGGGGUUCCUAACCCUCCUAUAAUUUGCAUGUACGUAACUUUGGCUAUCAUUCUCUAAAUGAGACCCAGAGUUUUUGUCAUACUUGACGAUGUAGGCUUCUAAUUGAGUUACAAACUACUUUAGUACAUGCUAUUUUGACACAUGGUAUCAGGGCUCAGUGAAAAAGCACUUACUCAUGUAAAUAUGAUUUACUUUUGACAAAGGCUUUAUAUCCGUUUUGGUUUACAGUCUUUGUUUCAGGUCUAUAUAUUGAGAAAGAAAAAGUCUAUGUAUUGAUUAUUGGUAAAUGACACCCUCUUUCAGUUUAUUUGCCUGCUUGUGGUGUGUGUGUCUGUGCGUUCAUGUGUAGCGACGUUGCAAAAUGACGGGCUGUGUGUGCGCAUGUACAGUACCAGACACACAUUUGGACACACCUACUCAUUCAAGGGUUUUUUUUUUUUUUUUUUUUUUACUAUUCUCUACAUUGUAGAGUAAUAGUGAA